AUGCAUGUAGAUCGCCAAAGACACGGCGUGUUCCCGUGCCAGCCUAGCUGUGAUUGGGCUACCUACGUUCAUCCAACCACCCCUGUGUCAGGCGUGUUCCCGUACCAGGCUAGCUGUGAUUGGGCUACCUACGUUCAUCCAACCACCUCUGUGUCAGGCGUGUUCCCGUACCAGGCUAGCUGUGAUUUGGCUACCUACGUUCAUCCAACCACCUCUGUGCCGGGCGUGUUCCUGUGCCAGGCUAGCUGUUAUUGGGCUUCCUACGUUCAACCAACCACCCCUGUGUCAGGCGUGUUCCCGUGCCAGGCUAGCUGUGAUUGGGCUACCUACGUUCAACCAACCACCCCUGUGUCAGGCGUGUUCCCGUGUCAGGCUAGCUGUGAUUGGGCUUCCUACGUUCAUCCAACCACCCCUGUGUCAGGCGUGUUCUCGUGCCAGGCUAGCUGUGAUUGGGCUACCUACGUUCAACCAACCACCCCUGUGUCAGGCGUGUUCCCGUGCCAGGCUAGCUGUGAUUUGGCUACCUACGUUCAACCAACCACCCCUGUGUCAGGCGUGUUCCCGUGCCAGGCUAGCUGUGAUUGGGCUACCUACGUUCAACCAACCACCCCUGUGUCAGGCGUGUUCCCGUGCCAGGCUAGCUGUGAUUGGGCUACCUACGUUCAACCAACCACCCCUGUGUCAGGCGUGUUCCCGUGCCAGGCUAGCUGUGAUUGGGCUACCUACGUUCAACCAACCACCCCUGUGUCAGGCGUGUUCCCGUGCCAGGCUAGCUGUGAUUGGGCUACCUACGUUCAACCAACAACCCCCGUGCCAGGCGUGUUCCUGUGCCAGGCUAGCUGUGAUUGGGCCACCUUCGUUUAA